GCUCCAGGAGCGGACACAGCGGAUCACUGAUCAACGGAAAGAGCCAAAGAUGUCGGCUCUGUCAUGUGAUCAGCAGUGUCCAAUCACAGUUGAUCACAUCUAUGCCACCUGUCAGUGUCCGUCAGUGUCAGCUGUCAGUGCUCAUCAGUGCCACCUGCCAGUGCCCAUCAGUGCCCCAUCAAUGCCAUAUAUUAGUGCCCACCAGUGCACAUCAAUGCCACAUAUUAGUGCCCACCAGUGCACAUCAAUGCCACAUAUCAGUGCCCAUCUGAGCUGCCUUUCAGUGUCACCUAUCAGUGCCAGUCAGUGCCACCUAUCAAUGCCAGUCCGUGCUAUCUAUCAGUGCUGUCAAUCAGUGCGCAUCAGUGCCGAUUAUCAGUGCCCAUCAGUGCUGCCUAUCAGUGCCGCCUAACAGUGCCAAUCAGUGCCGCCUAACAGUGCCAGUCAGUGCCGCCUAACAGUGCCACCUAACAGUGCCGCCUAACAG